UCAGCGGCAGAGCGUCAGCCGCCCUGCUCCUGGCGUGCAGCUUUCAGAAUAAAGCGCCUCUCUAUCACAUGUUCAGGGUCUCGGGUCCGGGCGGUGUUCCGAGUCCAGAAUGUCAACGACGUCUCAGAAACACCGCAACUUUGUAUCCGAGCCAAUGGCGGACAAACCGGUCACAGCGCUGGCCGGGAUCGGAGACAGACUGGGCCACAGCCUGACAGAGCAGGGCUACGAUAAGGCCUACGUGGUUUUGGGUCAGUUCCUGUUGCUAAGGAAAGACUCGGAGCUGUUCUGCUAUUGGUUGAAGGACGUCACUGCAGCCAAUAGCAAGCAGGCUGAUGACUGUGCCCAGUGCCUGAAGGACUGGUGCGACGCCUUCCUGUGAGGACGCCACGCCCAUUCCACAGAGGCACCGCCCCUCAAGAGGCCCCGCCCCUCCAGUUCCCACUCUGCGUUGCUUUUCUGAGCUGCCAGAUUUUCUCCUCCUUAUUUUGUAAAUGUUUGUCAUUAAAUCUCGUUGCCCAGA